CCCGCAGAUAGCUUCUCUGCGGUAAAACUCGGGCGUUCCGAUCCCCUCGACAGAAACUUCCUUCCGCAGUUAAUAGUAUUAUUACACGGCAAAGAGAAGGAGCGAGAGAGAGAGAGAGACAGAGAGCGAGGUGAGACAAAGGGAGGUCGGAGAUAUUUUUCCAUUCUGGGAAAGAGAAGCAAGGAGGAGGAGGAGGAGGAGGUGAAGUAGGGGGAUGGAGGAGCGGGAGAGGCAAGUGUUCAUGGCGAAGCUCGCAGAGCAGGCGGAGAGAUACGGUGAAAUGGUGGAGUCCUUGAAGAAGAUUGCCAGAAUGGACAUUGAGCUGACGCCGGAGGAGAGGAACUUAUUGUCGGUUGGCUACAAGAAUGUGAUUGGUGAAAGAAGAGCAUCAUGGAGGAUCCUCUGUUCGCUUGAACAGAAAGAAGAGGUGAAGGGGAGUGAGCAAAAUGCGAGGAGGAUAAGGGAGUAUAAGAAGAAAGUUGAAAACGAACUGUCGAGGAUCUGUAAUGACAUUUUGUCUGUCAUUGCCAUCCACAUCCUUCCGUCUUCUGCUGCUGGUGAAUCGAUCGUUUUCUUCUACAAGAUGAAAGGAGAUUAUUACAGGUAUUUGGCAGAAUUUAAGACUGGAAAUGAAAGAAGGGAUGCUGCGGAUCAGUCGCUUAAAUCUUAUCAGGCUGCUACAAGUACUGCUAUGACUGAUCUUCCACCCGGUCACCCGAUUAGGCUUGGCCUCGCACUAAAUUUCUCUGUCUUUUACUAUGAGAUAAUGAAUUCGUCUGAAAGGGCAUGCCAUCUGGCUAAACAGGCGUUUGAUGAGGCUAUUCCAGAGAUCAAUUCCCUCAGAGAAGACUUUUACAAGGAUAGUACACUUAUUCUGCAGCUUCUUAAGGAUAAUCUGACAUUGUGGACAUCAGAUCUGCCUGAAGGAGGUGAACGAUCCAGAGACACCAGUACUAAUAUGGAAGAGUAGUUGGUCCGUCAAAGCUGAUUGGUGCUCAUGUGAGGCCUUAGCUGCUGCUAAUGUCACUGUUUGGUGAUUCCAGUUCUUCAUGUUCUGGUUUCCAUUUACGUUUGUCUUGGUUUGACGGGCAUGCAAGGGUUCAUCCAAUGUAUAAAAUGUUUGGGUGUGGGAUCGAUAAGCUCUUUGGAAAUUCAACUCAUGUUUACGUACGAAUGAGCUGUUAAUCAAUAUGACUUUCCAGUCUUGCAGGAUUGCUGUG